ACAGUGUCUAGUUGCAAGUUGUUGCACAUUAAAAAUUAACUAAAUUGAUUCUCUCCAUCCAUUUUUAUAACUUUAAGUUUUUGGUCCCUCGCAACAUGGAGCCAUCCAGUGGUGUCAUUCCCACAAGCCAGUUGACGAUUUGGGAUGUAUUUGACCAAGUUGAACCGGAAGGCGAGGAGAUUUUGAAGACUGUGAAAUUAGCACAUGUCAACAACCAGGAAGGCUUCGUCGUCACCACGGCGGACGAAACUUACGCCUUCACCCUUGAAGAACCAGAUGAUGGGUCGUCGGAGGUAGUUAAAACUACCCGAAUUCCGGAACUUUGUGGAGUCCAAGUGAAAGAGUUUGCUAUUGGAUCGAUAAACUUGGCGAUAACGGAGGAUGGUCAGGUUUACUCGUGGUGCAGUAAUUCUGACCCAGAUCGUGAGCAAGUCCAGCAGUUAGGCCGGGUAAGCGGGGAGGGAAUAAGGUCAGCUGGUCGCCCUGCCCCCGUCACGGGGAGUCUGACGGGGCAGAAAGUAGUGCAAGUUGCGAUACCGGGAGAAAAAGGAGGUCACGUCGUAGCGUUAACUGUAAGUGGUGAGGUGUACGAAUGGGGUCCCCCCUCAUGGGUUCCGCGACCCAUGCCAAGGGGAAGUUUUGGGGGGAAGAAGAUUAUCUCUGUGGCCUGCCGUGUUGACCACAACUUGGCCCUAACGGAGGACGGAAGGCUGUUUGAGUGGGGAUUGGGGACAUUUGCUCCGCCACACCGAUCGGAACUGUGCGGCCCACCAGUGAUCAAGAUAGUGGCGACAAACCGGACUUUUUGGGCGUUGACGGUUAAUGGAAACGUGCACUGGUGGAGGGCGCGAGGAUCUAAAAUGAGAGAUUGGACCCGGAUAUCAGAUUUGGCUAAUGUCGAAGACAUCGUAGGCUGUUGGAUACAAGAUGUUUUGGUUGUCGAGGCCAGGAAUAAGUCAUUCUUUGGGUGUCAUUUGGCUCCGAUAGGGUGGACGAUUGAGCCAUAUUUCAAAAAUUCAAUUGACAAGGUACUCGCGGAUCUUGCACAGAUAAGUUAUCGAACUCUUGGAGCGUCAAUGAAGGCUAAACAACGUACGUUGGGUGGUGAUAUUGCAAACUUGUGGAGGACAAAGGAAAACUCGGACAUUACGUUUACCGUGGAAGGGAAAACCAUCACAGCGCACAAGUUUAUUCUGACAUGUCGAAGUGAAUAUUUCGCCAAAAUGUUAAGCAAUGAGUGGAAAGAGGGGAACGGAUCCGAGAUUGUCAUCAAUGACACGGUGUAUGCCGUCUUUGAAGCCAUCCUCUUCUACAUUUACCACGAGGAGGUCAAAUUUGCGAAGGACGAGUAUGAAAACAUUUUUGACCUCAUGAAGUUGGCCGACUCCUAUUGCGAAAUCACCAUCCGGCAGGAAUGCGAGAAGAUUCUGAUUCGAAACGUUAGCAAGGAAAAUGCCUUUUUCCUCGUGCGAAACGCGGCCUUGGCGAACGCUUCGGACUUGGAAAGGACGGUGGUCAAGUUUAUUUUGGAGAAGGGACUCCUUUCUGCAAGAUCACCGCCUCAAGAGUUGAUCGACUUAGUGGGGAUGGAAGCAUUCCAAAAAUAGGCCAUGGCUACAUUUCGUCCAUAAUUUGCGAUUGCGGAAUUCAACAAUGAUUUUACUUCUUAAUUUCAGAUUAAAUUUAAUUUCUUUCAAUUUUUGAAAAAUAAAAUCCAAUUUUUCACGA